GAGAGAUGCUGGCCCGGCGGCGGCGGGACCCACUACAGGCGGCGCGGCAGCGCGGUCAGGAACUGAAGCUACAGGUUGAUAGUUUGCUUUCAGAGGGCCAGUCGAAAGGAGCUCUAGACCCCAAUAAAAGGCGAGAUAUUUAUCAAAGAUGUAUCCAGUUAAAACGGGCAAUAGAUGAAAAUAAAACUACUCUUCAAAAACUGAACAAAGCUGAUGAAGCUGCACCUGUUGGAAACUAUGAGCAGAGAAAGGAAGAAGAGCAGAAUAUUCUGGACAGGCUCACCCUGCAGCUGCAGGAACUUGCUAUGGGCAUGAGUAGAGAACCUACAAAUGAAACUGAUGCACUUAAUAAGAACAAGGAAGAUGAUGACUCUCCUGGAGAAGAUGAAGAGGAAAGUGAAGAAAGCAAAGAAAGUAGUGGAGAGGAAGAAGAUGAAGAUGAGGAGGAGGAGGAAGAAGAAGAAAAAAAGGAACAAGAGUCUCCCAAACAAGCAUCAAGUAAAGAAUACAUUGCUCUUGGAGAUUUUACUGCUCAGCAAGUUGGGGAUCUUACAUUUAAGAAAGGAGAAAUUCUUCUUAUAAUUGAAAAAAAGCCAGAUGGUUGGUGGAUAGCUAAGAAUGCCCAAGGAAAUGAAGGUCUCAUUCCCAGAACAUACCUGGAGCCCUGUGAUAGAGAAGAUCAGGAGUCUAGUGAAGAGCCCAGUGAAGAGGAUAGUGAAAAAGAAAGUGAAAAGGAUGUGGAAGUGGAGGACAAGACAACAGAUGGAGCUGAAGUUAAGCAAAGAACUGAUUCCCACUGGAAUGCUGUUCAGAAAGCUGUCUCUGAGAUAAACACAGUUGAUGUAUUAACCACAAUGGGAGCGAUUCCCACAGGGUUCAGGCCUUCUACUCUUUCCAGGCUGCUGGAGGAAGGAAAUCAGUUUCAAGCAAGUUACUUCUUACAACCAGAGCUCACUGCAUCCCAGCUGGCCUUCAGAGAUCUACUGUGGGAUGCUGAAACAGGCACCAUUAGGUCCAGGCCAAGUCGUGUUUCACUGAUUGUGACCCUGUGGAGCUGUAAAAUGAUUCCUCUACCUGGAACAAGCAUCCAGGUUCUCAGCAGGCAUGUUCGCCUCUGUCUAUUCGAUGGUAGUAAGGUUCUGAGCAAUAUUCACACAGUCAGAGCCACGUGGCAAUCUAAAAAGCCCAAAACCUGGGCCUUUUCUCCCCAGGUCACUGGCAUCCUGCCAUGCUUGCUUGAUGGUGAUUGUUUUAUCAGGUCCAAUUCUUCAUCUCUAGAUCUUGGAAUAUUAUUUGAACUUGGAAUUUCCUAUAUUCGCAAUUCAACUGGAGAAAGAGGAGAGUUAAGCUGUGGCUGGGUGUUUCUUAAACUUUUUGAUGCCAGUGGUGUUCCUAUUCCAGCAAAAACAUAUGAGCUCUUCUUGAAUGGAGGCACUCCUUAUGAAAAAGGUGUUGAAGUGGACCCUUCAGUAUCCAGAAGAGCACAGGGCAGUGUUUUCCACCAGAUGAUGAGCAUGCGAAGGCAGCCUCAACUUCUAGUGAAACUGAGGUCUCUGAACAGGAGAUCAAGAAACAUGCUAAGUCUGCUGCCAGAAACACUGAUUGGAAGUAUGAGUUCCUCUCGCCUCUUGGUAUUUUAUCGACAAAUCCUUGGAGAUGUGCUUCUGAAGGACAGAGCAAGCCUGCAAAGUGCUGAGUUAAUUAGUCAUCCAGUGCUGGCCACAUUCCCCAAGCUCUGGGAGCAGACUGAUGUGAUGGACGCUCUCAGGAGUGCCUGGGCUGAGAAAGAAAGUACCUUGAAAAGAUCAGAGAAGAGAGACAAAGAGCUACUGAAGGCCAAGUUUCUCCUGGUUUACCAUGACUGCGUGCUUCCACUCCUGCAUUCUGCCCUCCUGCCUCCAUUCCGGUGGGCAGAAGAAGAGACCGAGGAUGCUCGAUGGAAAGUCAUCGCUGACUUCCUCAAGCAAAACAAAGAGAACCAGGGUGCCCUGAAAACCUUGCUGUCACCUGAUGGAGUCCAUGAACCUUUUGAUCUUUCAGAGCAGACCUAUGACUUCUUGGGUGAAAUAAGAAAGAAUUUGGCCUAAAAGUGUGUCCUUGGUCCCCAGCUUCCCACUGCAUUUGCUGGACCCUGUGAUGGCUUGAAUCAAAUGACAGAACCAAAACAAAUGACUCCUUGUAACAUGGAUUUGAAUUGUUUUUAUACACAUAUUUUUAACAAAUAGCAGUCAUUUUA